GGUCAACAGACACAAACUUGGAACGCAGGAAGCACCAUCGGAACCUGAAAAACUUCAAAAGUGACAGAACACUGGAACAGGCUGCCCAGGAAGGUUGUGGAGUCUUUCUCUGGAGAAAUUCCAAACACAACUGGAUACAAUCCUGUGCAACCUGCUCUAGGCAAACCUGCUGUAGCAGGAGAGUUGGAAUAGGGUGAUCUUCAUAGAAACUACUAAAGACUUCAAAGAAUUCAUUUUUAGGCAAAAUAAGUGAAAUAAGUUGGUCUAAUAAAGUAAAAUGGAUCCUUGCUCAGUUGGAGUUCAGCUUCAAGCUCCCAAUGAAUGCCAUAAGACCUAUUAUACCCGUCACACUGGCUUCAAGACUAAGCAAGAUGUAUCUUCAUCUGAUCUACUGUUACUUCAGCUUAGGACUGGAAUAGCCCUUUCAGAGAACGAUACAAUCUGCUUCCACCAUGCAAAAAUUUACAUUGAAAGAUUCGAAGACUUACAAAAAUCAUGUUGUGAUCCCUUUAACAUACACAGAAAACUAUCAAAGAAAAGCUUACGAGCAAUUGACUUAGAUGAUGCAACUUUUCUAAGUGCCAAGUUUGGAAGACAGUUUGUACCUGGUUGGAAGCUUUGUCCCAAAUGUAUGCAGAUAAUAAACGGGAGCACAGAUGUUGAAUCCGAAGAGCGCCAAAGAAGAAAACUUGAUUCAGACGGGCGUACAGCUAAGGCUUUAAAGUCUCUACAGUUUGCUAAUCCAGGACGACAGACUGAAUUCACUCCUGAGACCAGUAAGAGGGAGAAAAGAAGGCUGCAAACAAAAAGUGCAGCAUUUAAUUCAGACAGGCAAGUUAUACCAGCCAAGAGUAAAGUCUACGAUAGCCAGGGACUGCUGCUUUAUAGUGGGAUGGACCUCUGUGAUUGUCUUGAUGAAGACUGCCUGGGAUGUUUCUAUGCUUGCCCCAAGUGUGGCUCCAACAAGUGCGGAGCCGAAUGUCGCUGUGACCGCAAAUGGCUCUAUGAGCAAAUUGAGAUAGAAGGAGGAGAAAUAAUUAAAAAUAAGCAUGUUGGUUAGCAUAUAUCCACCUUAUUCCAUGCUUUGUUGUAAACGCAGCACUUUCCUUUAGUGGUUUCAUGAAAGCCACUGGAAUUUAUCACAAUGCACAUGAUUAGUGUGCUCACUUCUGCAUUCGCUUUCAUUAUGGAAAUUGUAAUCACUGUCUUUUCACACUUCAUUCUACCUUAUACUCAGUCUUGUUAAUCAUCCAAGUAAGUUCUCAGUCUUUGUUUGUAUUUAAGUAUAAGGUGCUGAAUAUUCAUGUGUAUCCUGAGCCACUUGCAUUUCAUAUGAUGUUUUAGUGAUUGUACCAUCUUCAUGUAUCCCUCCUCUUUCCUUCUCUGGUUCAGGAUCUUGUGGUUUUGAAUCUGUCAUAUGAAACACUGGAAAAAUUCUCAGUGAAUUUACAUGCAGUAUUAGUAAAGCUCUCUCAGUAUUAAUAAAGAGUGCUGUACCUUUCAUAGAUUGUUCCUGCUGCAUCUGAAAAAUUCAAUCCUCUAUGCUUAAAAUGACUUCAAAGACAUGUAGGAUUUGAGAUCAAGUUGUCCCUAUGAAUUGAAGCCUCACUGUUAAAGUGAUACUAAAUUGUCAAGGGGCUGAAAAACACAUGAAAGUAUUUAGUUACAGUAUUGGUUUGUUAGUUUCUGUCUAACAGCUGGAAUAAUUUUCCUGUAUUUGGACUGGAACUUCAACAGCCUUCUCAUCAUCAUUUUACUUGGUUUUAAGGUAAAUAUUUACAUGCAGCUGAAACAAAUUUGAAUGA